CAUGGAACUGAGUCACCAGACUCUCUCACUUCGCAGAGUGGCUGUGGGAUCUGCUCGACGGGGAUCGAUCUAUCUAUUGGAGUGUGUGGUCGAUCGCACGCAAUGGCCAGGAUGAGCCGCAUCGUGCUGCUCGCCCUUCUGGGCACCUUAGUGCUGCUGGGAUCCAUGGGGCACUUGGUGGCUAAUGCGUCGAACGCCGAUGAAGAGGUCGGGGCUUCAGAGUUGGAGGGGUUAGUCUCGGGGGAAGAGGGAGGCGAUGGCGAAGACGAUGACGCUGACGCCGACGAGAGUGUGGAUGAGAAGGAUGUGGUCGUACUCGGUGCCAAGGAUUUCGCCGAUUUUGUGAAGAGUAACAAGUAUGUCUUGGCGGAGUUUUACGCUCCCUGGUGCGGGCAUUGUAAAUCCCUGGCACCGGAGUAUGCUAAAGCCGCCACCGCGUUGAAGGAUUCCGGCGCGAAGCUCGCUAAGGUUGAUGCUACUGAGCAUAGCGAUCUGGCUCAGGAGUAUGGUGUUGAGGGAUACCCAACCAUGUUUUUCUUCGUCGAUGGCGAGAAGAGACCUUACAAUGGCGGACGAAACAGCGAUGAUAUCGUCAACUGGGUGAAAAAGAGAAUGGGACCUGCUGUCAACAUUGUCAAGUCAGCAGCUGACGCUGAUGAUGUCCUUGAAAGCCAGGCUCCCAUUGUCGUUGCCUACCUUGAAAGUGUUGAGGGUGCUGACGCUGACGAACUAAUUGCAGCAGCAAGAUUGGAAGAUGGAGUUGAAUUCCACAUGACAGCUGAUGAACAAACUGCGAAAAAGUUCGGACUUGACAAAAAGGCUCCUGCUCUCGUCUUGUUGAAGAAGCAGAACGAGAAGGUUGCGACUUUCGGUGGAGAUUUUGAAAGAAAGGCUAUUGGCGACUUUGUCUCGGAGAACAAGCUCCCUCUCGUUAUUGUGUUUACUCGUGACACAGCCGAGAUUAUAUUCGAGUCUGAUGUGACGAGACAGUUGCUUCUGUUUGCGAAUCCUGAGGAAUAUCAGAAGAUCCGUGCUGAUUAUGAAGAGGCAGCCAAGUCUUUCAAGAAGAAGAUUACCUUUGUUCUCGUGGACCUCGCUGAUGAGGAGGUGGCCACUCCCGUUCUGGACUUCUUCGCACUUGACAGCGAGAAGACAAGGCUAUUGGGAUUUGUAGCUGAGGAGACCAGCGGCAAGUACCUGCACGAUGGUGACUUCAGUGUUGACUCACUCAAGCAAUUUUCGGAGAAGUUUUUGGCUGGAGAACUGACCCCGUUUCGCAAAUCACAGAGCCCUCCAAAGGAGAACGAUGGACCAGUGAAGAUUGUUGUAUCUUCAACCUUCGACGAGAUUGUCUUGGAUGAAUCCAAGGAUGUCGUUCUUGAGGUCUAUGCCCCUUGGUGUGGUCACUGCCAAGCUUUGGAGCCAGAAUACAACAAGCUGGGAGAGGUUUUGAAAAACAUCAGCUCGAUCGUGAUUGCAAAGAUGGAUGGCACCAAAAACGAGCACGAACGUCUCAAGAUUGAAGGGUAUCCUACCAUUCUCUUCUUCCCAGCAGGAGACAAGAGCGUUGAGCCUACUCCUCUUGACACGGAAAGGACAGCAGCCGGUAUCGUCAAAUACCUGAAGGAUCAUGUCACACACAAAUUUGAAGCGCCUGAUGUCCCAGAGCCCGAGACCGAGCAGGAGCAGGAGCAGGAGCCUGACAUCGACUACUCAGGGGAAGCUGAAGAGGGCUACCCUGAAGUCGACGAAGAAGCUGAACAAGAAGUCGAAGAACAAGUAACUCCAGUUGAAGAUGUUGACUUGAAGGACGAGCUGUAGAAACUUUGUCCACUGCAGGACAUAUCCUUUAGCCAUAAAGUCUCUAAGAGGUGUUAGUUUGAGAACUUCAAAGGAGGUAACCCGUGGCCUUACAUCUUAGAGCUGUCAGAUAGUUUUUUACAUCUGGAUGCUCAGUUUUCCACAGUGAAACGGUUGUACCCACCUGAGAUCAGUUCACGAAAGGCAGUUUUCGAGUCCUGCUCUGCUCACUUCGGAUCGAGUCUUCUCAUUCUUCGAAAGUACAAAAUUUACAUGGGAGAGCUGAUUUAGGAGUUUACUCUGAAGCAUUGUUGUGAUGACUUGCUGAUUGUUCGUUUUGUUAGGAGUGGGUUUUGCUCUACAAUCUGAAAGGUUAUUAAAAUCUUCCUCUGCAGAAUUGAAGAAGAGUCUGGGUGAAAUAUGAAGUACCUUGAUUGAUAUUGACAUUA